AACUUCUCAAGAUUUUUUUCGUUUUCGGCAAAUUUUUUGUCGGUGUUUUGUUGAUCGAGAGGUACGAAAUUUUAACAAAAUGAAAAAACAUCACAGGGAAUUUACUUCAAAAUACUGUAAAGUUAUUCUCUUUGCUUGCAUGUUUGUAAUAACUGUGGUUGAAAUAUCAUCUAAACCACAAGGAAUAGAUUGCAGGAAACAUUUGUAUGCACCUAUUUGCAGAGGGGUAGCGGCCAAAAGAGAUGGACCAUAUUCAUACAGUGAUGAUGGCUUAAGCACACCUGUUAAAGAGGAACUGAAAGCCCAAGAUAGGGGCAAAAACGCAAAAGUCGCGAAGGAACCAUUUUUUUCUAAAAAACCUAAACAAACUAAAGUUGAAGUUUCGGACAGUAAGUCAGACACAAUUAUGAUUUUGGAAUUAGAAGAUGAAGAAAAAGACGCGGUCAAUCCCAUUGGUCCAAUAAUGGAUGACGAGAAAGUUGCCGUCGGAUCGUUCAUAUUGGUACGGUUUGCUACAAAAAAGCCUUCAAGUACUACGUUGGACUUGUGGAAGAAACAUCUCAGGGAAAUGAGUUUUCUAUGA